CUCAUCCUCAUUCAUAUGGUAUAUGAAUCUGUAUAUGAAUCUGAGCCACAUUGCACCGUGUUUGUUCUCCUGCUCCCCACCCUGCGGGACGACGGGGGGGUUGUGUCUCCGAGUCACCGGACUCCAGGGGCUGUUCUCCACCUGAUGCACCGACACUGACGCGUCGCCAUGCUGUCACUCCCACGGACCAAACUGUCCCUCGUCUGUUUUACUAACCUCCUCUCAACCCUCCUCUUCCUGAGUUCCUCUGGUGUUCACGGGGCGUCACUCAGGGAGCGCAAACUGUGGGGCAGUGAAUCCGCUUCCCAGAGAGGAAAUGUCCAUCCAUCUUCGAAUGUUGACAUGCUCCAAGCCUUGGAGUACAUCGAGAGCCUCCGUCAGAGAACCGGCUCCCAGCAGCACACGCCUCUCGCUGCCGGGUACGACGCCGGCCACGUGGACGAUGCAGAGCAGCUGCGUGCGAUGCUGAGACUGGCGUCGAACCCUACGCAGAGUAAAGAUGAGGGAGAAGAGGAGGGAAGGGAGGACAACAGUGAAGAGCUGCUCCAGGCCGUGCUCAGCACACUCCAGCAGACGGUGAAGCCCCCCGAGCAAGACUCACUUCGCCCCAGCGCGGGGGGAGAAGGCACGAGGGACGGUGUCUAUCCCCGGGUGCAGCAGCAGCAACGUGGCAUCCCGCUCCACAAGAAGCUGCCACUGAUGUUUGAGGAUGAAGAAGAGGGUGAGGGGGGUGAGGAAGAGGAGGAUGAGGGGCCUAAUGUGGAGCACGAGAGCCACCUCAAACGAACCAAUGAGAACGUGGAGGAAAAGUAUACGCCUCAGAAUCUGGCAACGCUGCAAUCUGUGUUUGACGAACUGGACAAGCUGAGUAGUGCGAAGACCGUGCACAAGCGCCAAGGCGAGGAGGAAGACACGGAGGACGAGGACGACAUGUUUAAUGCGAGAAAUGUGGAGUACGACGACGUAGGUGGGGAUCUCCCAUUCGACUGGGGUCGGCCACGAGAACAGGAAGAGGAAGAGGAGGGGGACGACAGACACGGAGGGCUUGAUUAUGUUGACGACAACGAUGAAGACAUUGAUGAGGACGACGACGAAGAAGACGAUGAAAGUUACCCAGUGAAGAGGUCCAAAGAUCCCGACGACGUUGACAACCUCAUGGACUAUUACCUCCUGAAAGUGCUGGAGAAAACACAGGAAGACGAGCAAAAGCGAGAGAUAGAGGAAGAGGAGGAGAAGCAGAGGGCCGAGAGGAGGGCGGCUCAGGCACAGUACAGAGAUUACACGUUUCCACGAACCAUCUACGAGUUCAUCCAGAUCUCGCAAAAAUACCAGAUCCCGCCCGAAGACCUGAUAGACAUGCUCAAGACCGGAGAAAUGACAAACCCAGACGCAAGGUCGCCAAAGAUCAACAAAUUAUCCCGGGCACAGAACAAGCUCGCUCAGAUAUCCUCGAGGAAGAUGCACGACGUUCCCGAAGCCAAAUUCCACAGCAGACGCCUGCCGGACACUCAGAAAUCCCCCGAGGAGCUGAGGACGGACGAAAUCCUCAAAAUCCUGGGGUUCGGGGCCGCGGAGGGCCGAGCCCCCGUCCGAGCGCAGAGGCCGUACAAGAGCUCGCCGUCACGACUUCCCACGGGGGAAGCCACUCCCACACAGCGGCGCCUCCCCGACUACGACGACACGGUGGACGAGGACGAGCUGGCGGCGUAUUUGGCAGCUCGGAUGCCGACGCAGUAUCGGAACCCCACGCACAGUAGCGGCAGCAAGGCGAGCCAAAAGCGCGACGAGGCCGGACAGAGCGUGACAGGCUCCUUUGAACAGGCCCUACAGGACUAUUUCGAUCACAUGGAGUCGGACAAGGGCUCGGAUGACAAGAGACAGUCGGAGGACGGCGAGACGGCCGGGGCCACACGAAUGCAGGGGUUUGAAAAUGAGGCCGUGCUGAAACUGCUGAGCUACCUGAAGCCAGAAACUGAAGAGAGUGACGCUGAUGCCAAAACUGUGCAAGGAUAUAAAUAAGGCUGUGUGUGUGUGUAUAUAAAGAUAUGUAUAUACAUAUAGGAGGGUGCAAGCAAAGAUGCUGUCGACAUGAGUUAUUCCGUAGGUUUACAAACGUUGUUCUUAAUUAGUGGGAAAAAAAAAUGUGAGUGUUCAAGACAUUCAUCAUUUAUUUGAUUCUUUUUUCUUUUAAUGUUGCUCUCAACAGCACUAAACAACCAGUACAUGUGACUCUCACCAGCCUUACAUUUCAAAGCACGCACGCAUGUACAAACACACACACACACACACACACACACCAAAAGUCAGUGUUGCAUCCCUUAGAUUUAAUUGUUUUUCUUUUCUUUUUUUAUAUUUCAUAUGUGACAUACCUGAGGUUAAUAAAGCAUUGACUUUA